GACUAUAACGUGAUACUAUACUGCAUAGAUUUUAAAUAAAAGGAAAGAAGGACAAGAACAAAUAUUUUAAUUCCAAUUAACAGUAACAGAAACUUACAUAAUGGUUCUAACAUAUGAAUACCGAAUUUGCAUGCCUAUGGAAGUAAAAGAGUACCAAAUUGGUCAACUUUACAUGAUUGCCCGUCAUAGCUUUGAGCAAUCCAGCAAUGGUGAGGGAGUUGAGGUUGUAGCAAACGAAGAAGUAUUUGAUGAAGUCAAUGGAGCAGGGCAGUUCACUGAAAAGAGAAUACAUUUAUCUAGUCAUUUACCAUAUUGGUUGCAGUCAUUGAUACCAAAAAUAUUUUAUGUGACUGAAAAGGCUUGGAAUUACUAUCCCUACACAAUAACUGAAUAUACAUGUUCCUUUAUCCCAAAGUUCUCUAUUUCUAUACAAACAAGAUAUGAGGAUAAUAAUGGUACCACAGAAAAUUGCCUGGGAUUAAACUCUGAAGAUCUUGAGCAAAGGAAGGUUGAUUAUUUGGACAUAGCAUAUGAUGAUAUAAAACCACAUCAUUACAAAGAGGCUGAGGAUCCUAAGUUUUUUAAAUCAGAGAAGACUGGGCGCGGUCCCUUGGUCGAGGGCUGGCGAGAUACUCAAAAGCCAAUAAUGUGCUGUUACAAAUUAGUAAAUGUGAAAUUUGAAGUAUGGGGCCUGCAGACCAGAGUGGAGGAGUAUGUGCAAGGCGCAAUACGAGAAAUUUUACUUCUUGGUCAUCGACAAGCUUUUGCUUGGAUGGACGAUUGGUACAACAUGACAAUUGAAGAUGUAAGGGAAUAUGAGAAAGAAAUGCAAGCCAAAACUAAUAUUAAGCUGAAAACAACUAUAGAGAACGCAGUAGACAACCCGGAUGGCGACGCGGCCACAAAUUCUCAUCCGCAGACACCAAAAAGCCCCGUCACUCCGAAGAGCUCAGGUUCUACACCUUCGGCUGAGGCAAGGUCCUGGUUCACAUGGUCUUGAAGUAAUUAAAACAAGAGUCAAACUUGAUCUCUUCUCGCUGCUGAAACAGGGUUUGGUUCUGGGAACAUUUGUGUUCAUGUCAUGCCUUCAAAUAUUAUCAUGUCAUCCAUGGAAAUUGUUAAACUAGGUAUAUUUUAUAUAUUUCUUUUAGGAAAGAAAUUCAGUUAAAAAAAUUAGUACAAAUUAGUAACUUUAUUAAUAUUAAUUAUUUGUUAGCGACGGAAUAAAUUACAAAUUUUGUCUUCAGGUAUUGUCACUAAUUACUCCUAGUUAUUAUUGAUUUUAGAAUAACUUUAUUAUAAAAUUUAAUCGUUUUCACCUAGAAAGGAUUAAGCAAUUGCGUAUUAUAUCUGCAGUGAUAAUUCAAAUUUAUAUUGUCUAUAGGUCGGCUAUGUAUGACAUAAUUUAUGGCUAUGUUAAUGAUUUAAACGCUCGUUUACAGAUGAAGGACAAAUAUAAUGACUAUCAACUAAUGCAGUAUGUGGCCGUACUAUAGGCUUAUUGAUAUCGUUCAUCCAUCC